UGCAGCGAAUCCAGAUCUGGCUGAUGUGUUAGCACUCAGCUGCAGGAUCUGGUGCCUCACGUGCCUGUCGCCUCGGGUCCAGAAGUUGUGCACCUACCGGGGGGCUCCCGAGGAGAAGCAAGCACGGGGCGGGGAGGUGGUGAACACCACGCACGCCAAGGCCCACUGCCGGAAAUGGAAGGUUGACGUGCUCCAGCUUCCCUCUCAAGCGCGAGGAGCCCAAGGGUGCGACGGUCGUCCCUCCCCCCUUUCCCAUCUCAGGCGCGCGGCGUCCAAGAGUACGACGCCCGUCUCAGCUUCCUGGACUUGGACACGGCGGCCGUGUUUGUGAAUCGGGUUCGCGACGCAGCGGAGACGAACGACUUGCCUCGGACAGUAUCUCUCUGGCUUUCGCAACUUCAAUAGCAUCAGUGUCAGCCUCCUCCGCCAUAAUCGUUCCUUCCUCCUCGUCGUCUCUCUCCUCCCUCCUCUUUUUUCCCUCCUCCCCCUCCUCCCCCUCCCCCCUCCUACCCCCUCUCCGCUCCUCACCCAGCUCCUCCUCCCUCCACGUCGAAGACGCCCUCAUCCACGUCCAUGUCCACGACGGCGACGACGACGCCGGCGGGUGGGCGCCCCAAAGGGGUGGGGCCGGCCGGGUCGUCGCUCAUGUGCGAGUUGGCGCUUCCGAGCUGGGCAGGCGGGCCCACGGGCGUCCAGGUCUCCGGCGCGGGCGCGCUGGCGCGGCUCCUCUGGGCCGCCUGGCUCGCGCACGAGCAGGGGCAGCGGGAGAAGCCGAGGCACACCUGGGCGGACGACGACCUGUCGCAGGGCUGGGUCAUCGUGCACAGCGUCAGCCCGGGGAUCCGCGAGCGAGUGGCCGUCUUCCAGCAGGAGCUGGACCGCGCGGCCGCGGGCGGCGCGCCCGCCGGCGCCGAGCAGGGCCCAGGCAGCUUCGCGCGGCGGCACACGGCGUGGCUGGAGGAACUGAUAGGCGACCUUCGCGAGGCGGCGGAGCAGUUCAAGGAGACCCUGACCGCGCAGAGCGGCCCCGGCGCGGAGCCCAUGUGGGAGGCCGCGCCGGCGGCCGGGGCCGCCGCGCCUCCUGCGCCCUGUGGCGGCUCGGCGCCGCCGUGCGGCGGCGCGGCGGCCCUGGCGCGGGGCGGCGGCCCCGCGCCGGCUCCUGCCACCGACCGGGCUCCGUGCAAUGGCCUCCUGCGCGCCGGCGGGGGCGGGCCGCCGACCCGGCGCCCGGAGGAGUGGUCGAACGGGAACGCGCUCUGGUCGAUGGCGGCCUCGUCGUUGGUGCUGGCGUCCUCGCUGCCCCCACUGCUGCAGACGCUUCCGCACUGCAAGGGCAAGCACUGGCUCUUCGAGAGCGUCUUCGAGGCCAACAGGGAGGCGAUUCCCGAGGUGGUGGCGUGCCUCGAGGUGCAGUACUACCUCGCCCGCGUUCUGUGCGCCUUCUCCCAGAGCCAGGGCGGGCUGGUGCAGCAGUUCGCGGGCCGCCUGAUCGAGGAGAGCUCGGGCCCCGCGGGCGCGAACCAGAGCUCCUGCCUGCGGGGGCCCGGCAUGCUGCCGCUGCUGCGCUCCGGGGCGGAGCUGCUGCUGGACCUCUCGAGGAGCAAACGCCCGCUGCGUGGGCAUAAGCUGUCGGAGCCUCGCGCGGAGCUCCACGGCGCUGGGGCGCCUGGAGCGCCCGCGUUCCGCUUCCGCUGGCUGCACACGAGCUCCCCGUGGCACGACGAGUGCGAGGCGAGGAGCCAGCGCGACGGGCGGCCCCCCAGCUCAGUCCCCGUCCAUUUCGGCAAGCUCAGCUACCUCACGCUUGACGCGGACGUGGCCAGGCAGCUUGAUGCGGAGUGGCCGUCCCCAGACGGCAUCGGGAGCGACGUACACGACGGGCGUUGGAGGUCGACCACCAUCGCAGCACAGCGUGUAGGCGACGCCUUGGCGCGGUCAAGGCAGCUGCAAAUCCUAAUGUCAGCUGGCGUCAAGGUAGCCACGGUGCAGAGAGGAGCCCCCGCGGGCCUGCGGCUGCGGUGCUUCCCCAAGGGCAUCGAAGGAGACCCAGCUGUCGCGAACGCGGGGCAGGUCGCGCAGCAGUUCGGCAUGGCGCUCUGGCUGGGCUACCCCGCCGCGCUCGCGCUGAACACGCUGCUCGACAAGGCCAAGGAUCGCCAUGCACAGUCCAAGCGACCGUGGGCCACGUGCAGGAACCCUGCUGCAGCGUUUGUUCUCACCAUCUGCAUGCUAGGUUGGACCAUAGCCGACGGCAGGACCGUUACCACGGACCUCGGGCUCGAGUUCGACCAAGCCAGGGUUUCGCCGUCGUUCAGCAAGGAGCUGGCUGAGGGCCACCACCAGCGGGCGGCCCUCCACUCGGUCAUCUCGGGCACCGCCCUCACCCAGACGCGACUCUACAAGCGGGGCAUGGCCUCCGACUGGGUCUGCCUCCGCUGCAGAGCUGCCCCAGGCACAGCUUGGCACCGUGCAUUUGGUGGCGACGGCCAGCCGACAUUCCGAAGAGCUGAGGCCUUUCCUGAGCUUCUGCGGCACGCCAAGGUGGCGCGCGAAGCUGGAGGCAACUCCGCCGAGAUGUUCAUCAGGCGCUUAAUCCCUUCGCUCGACCACGUCAUCCCGAGGCGCGACCCAGAGGGCGAGUUUGUACGCUGGCAUAGGCGCCCAGCCUCAGGGUUCCUCGCGGGCCUCGUCUUCACCGACGGCAGCGCAGUUGGCACGAGAUGGCCAGAGUUGCAGCGCGCAGGCUGGUCGCUCAUGCAGCGCGACAGCCACGGACGCAUGGAGGCCGCUGCCUGGGGCUGGGCGCCGCUCUCCAUGGCACCGCCGCAGGAGGCUCGGGACGGAGAAAAUUACGCGUGCCACAUGGCUGCCUUCCUCCGCGCAGGCCAUGUCGACUUCCAGACGGACUGUGCUGCCACAGUGGCCUGCGCUCAGAGAGGUGCUGCACGGGCGCGCCGCGCUGGAUCGUCGAGGGCCCACCUGUGGAACGCUUUCUACACCGCCUUCGACGACAGCCGCAUCUACACGGUCACCAAGGCGCCGGCCCACGCGUCUGCAGCGGACGCGGAGGCGGACCGCAUUACUUGGUGGCAAAGGGCGGGCAACAGGCUCGCCGACGAGGCAGCGAAGGAGGGUGCCAAGCUGGCGCUCCCCGAUGACCAGCUCGCCCUCGCCUUCGGCCUCGACCUCAUAGCCAGGCAGGCCAUGCUCUACUACACUGGGAAGCUCCACGCGCACAUGACGGACCGCAAGCUACUCGACCACGCCAGCGACGUCAUUCUGGAGUUCUCGGAGCCCGAGGAGGCCAACGAGGAGCCAGAAGCCAGCGGUGGCCAGGGCGCCGGCAUCUCCUCGGUCGCGGCAGGGGCCGCCGCCGGCACUGCGGGCGGCCAUGCCAUCGUGGAGAGGGCAAUCACUGGGCCAGGGACUGACGGCUCCACGAUGGUCCACUGCGUGAAGCGCCACGCCUACGCCCACCAGCGCACGCAGGGCAUCCUUGGUCCGCGCGGCACUGGAGCUGGGCAAGAGCCGCAGGUUGAACGGAUCCGCAGGGGAGUUUUCCCAAACGUGAAGGGCGGCCGCGAUGCGUGGCGCCUCAGCGAGCAGUUUUUUCCUCCAGAGGCUUGGCGAGUCAAGCUUAGUGCCAGGCCGCCGCCUUCCGCCACCCCCGAGGCCAGCAGCGCCACGGGAAGCAGCCAGGCGGGCACUGCUGUUCGCCUUUCCCGAGAGCGCGCCCCGGAGCGCUUUGUAGUCGAGCCAGGGCAGAGGCGCGCGUACGUGGAGGUCGGGGUGCUGCAGGGCGAGACCGCGCUGGAGGUGUGGCGCACCUGCGCGGCCUCCCGCACGGAGCCCCCCGUGCUGCACCUGGUGGACGAGUGGGCUGGCGAGCUGGUCGGCAACACCGUCUCCAACAUGGAGGCGUUCUCGAUCGUGCAGUCGAACUUUCAGGACACGAGUCAAAGACUGUGGGUGUGCACGAAUUUCUGCGGCGGUGAUGGCACCGCGGAGAGAUUCGCCCGGGACGUGAACGGUAAGGUGGUUGCGCUGAAAACGCUCACGGAGUGUUUCGGCUCCAAGGUUCGGCGCUCCGACCUCUUUCCUCUUUUUGGAGGCCUGCCAGAGGCGAUCGGCCUCAGUGGCAACCUCUAA